UCAACGCCAGCGCCUGCGCACUGAGGGCGGCCUGGUCGUCGUCUGCGGCGGCGGCGGCUGAGGAGCCCGGCUGAGGCGCCAGUACCGGGCCCGGUCCGCGUUUCGCCUUCCGGCUUCGGUUUCCCUCGGCGCAGCACGCCCCGGCCCCGCCCCAGCCCUCCUGAUCCCUCGCAGCCCGGCUCCGGCCGCCCGCCUCUGCCGCCGCAAUGAUGAUGAUGGCGCUGAGCAAGACCUUCGGGCAGAAGCCCGUGAAGUUCCAGCUGGAGGACGACGGCGAGUUCUACAUGAUCGGCUCCGAGGUGGGAAACUACCUCCGUAUGUUCCGAGGUUCUCUGUACAAGAGAUACCCCUCACUCUGGAGGCGACUAGCCACUGUGGAGGAGAGGAAGAAAAUAGUUGCAUCGUCACAUGGUAAAAAAACAAAACCUAACACUAAGGAUCACGGAUACACGACUCUAGCCACCAGUGUGACCCUGUUAAAAGCCUCGGAAGUGGAAGAGAUUCUGGAUGGCAAUGAUGAGAAGUACAAGGCUGUGUCCAUCAGCACAGAGCCCCCCACCUACCUCAGAGAACAGAAGGCCAAGAGGAACAGCCAGUGGGUACCCACCCUGCCCAACAGCUCCCACCACCUGGAUGCCGUGCCGUGCUCCACAACCAUCAACAGGAACCGCAUGGGCCGGGACAAGAAGAGAACCUUCCCCCUUUGCUUUGAUGACCAUGACCCAGCUGUGAUCCAUGAGAAUGCAUCUCAGCCCGAGGUACUGGUCCCCAUCCGGCUGGAUAUGGAGAUCGAUGGGCAGAAGCUGCGAGACGCCUUCACCUGGAACAUGAAUGAGAAGUUGAUGACGCCUGAGAUGUUUUCAGAAAUCCUCUGUGACGAUCUAGAUUUGAACCCGCUGACGUUUGUGCCAGCCAUCGCCUCCGCCAUCAGACAGCAGAUCGAGUCCUACCCCACGGACAGCAUCCUGGAGGACCAGUCAGACCAGCGCGUCAUCAUCAAGCUGAACAUCCAUGUGGGAAACAUUUCCCUGGUGGACCAGUUUGAGUGGGACAUGUCGGAGAAGGAGAACUCGCCGGAGAAGUUUGCCCUGAAGCUGUGCUCGGAGCUGGGGUUGGGCGGGGAGUUUGUCACCACCAUCGCAUACAGCAUCCGGGGACAGCUGAGCUGGCAUCAGAAGACCUACGCCUUCAGCGAGAACCCUCUGCCCACAGUGGAGAUUGCCAUCCGGAACACAGGCGAUGCGGACCAGUGGUGCCCGCUGCUGGAGACUCUGACAGACGCCGAGAUGGAGAAGAAGAUCCGUGACCAGGACAGGAACACGAGGCGGAUGAGGCGUCUCGCCAACACGGCCCCGGCCUGGUAACCAGCCCAUCAGCACGCGGCUCCCACGGAGCAUCUCAGAAGAUUGGGCCGCCUCUCCUCCAUCUUCUGGCAAGGACAGAGGCGGGGGGACAGCCCAGCGCCAUCCUGAGGAUUGGGGUGGGGUGGAGUGGGGGCUUCCAGGUGGCCCUUCCCGGCACACAUUCCAUUUGUUGAGCCCCAGUCCUGCCCCCCCACCCUCCCUACCCCUCCCCAGUCUCUGGGGUCAGGAAGAAACCUUAUUUUAGGUUGUGUUUUGUUUUUGUAUAGGAGCCCCAGGCAGGGCUAGUAACAGUUUUUAAAUAAAAGGCAACAGGUCAUGUUCAAUUUCUUCAAA